AUGUCCGAAUCCGAGAACAAGUCCGAUUCCAAGAAGAUCACCAUGGAGCAGCUCAAGGAGCACGGCUCUCAUGAUGAUCUCUGGCUCCUCAUCGACGGCAAGGUGUAUGACGUUAGCAAGUUCUUGGACGAGCACCCCGGUGGUGACGAGGUUCUGGUCACCGAGGCUGGCAAGGACGCUACCGAAGCUUUCGAGGACGUUGGACACUCUGAGGAUGCUCGUGCACUCCUCGGGCCCAUGUUCGUGGGCGAGCUUGAGGGCGGCACCCAGAAGGUCAAGACCACUAGCGGCGCCGUGACCAACGAGAACAACUCGAAUGCCAACAGCCACCCCAUUUUCAUGUUCAUCCCCCUUGCAUGCCUUGUUGCUUAUCUUUCCUACAAGUACGUCUACGUCUCCUAG